AGCUCCUCCCAAAAUCACACUGCGUAUUGCUCCUUCCUCUCCCGUCCCCUUCUCUCUCUCUCCCCCUCUCUCUCUCUCCCUCUCUCUUCUCCUUCGUCGUCUUCGUCGCUACUUUUCACAGAUUCAUGCUUCGAUAAGUCCACAGAUACGAAGUUGUUGCGAAUCUCAUCCUCUCGCUGUCCCGUUGCCUUCGUCGUUAUAACUCACGUAUUUUGUCUAUAUACGAACUGUCAGACCCUAGGUCUGGUCCCAGAUUCGGUUCCACCGAAGCAGAGUCGAAGAGCGAGAGACAGUUUGAGAAGAUGGUCGGCGGCGGGAUUAGGGUUUCGAUUCCGGCGAGCACGAGGAAGAUGAUCCAUAGCAUCAAGGAGAUCACGGCAGGGAACUACAGCGAGGACGAGAUUCUCGCAAUGCUCCAUGAAUGCGACAUGGAUCCUGACGAGGCCGCCCAGCGCCUCCUCCUCCAGGACCCAUUUCAUGAGGUGAAGAAGAAGCGUGACAAGAGAAAAGAGAACCUUAGCAACAAGGAUUCUGCAGAAACCCGAUGGAGAUCUAGUGGCCAGGGCCGUGGGAACAGGGGUGCUCGUGUUAAUUUCUCUUCUCGCCAUCCGACUCAUGAUGCUAGCAGUGCAAAGAAUUCUUUGAAAAAGGAGAACGGCUCAAAGCAGGUCACUGACCCAUUCAUAUCACCCACUCAGGAGAUAAAAAACAAAGAGACUGCUUCUAGCUCUUCGGCUAUCUUGGACAAUGGUUCGGCUGGUUUACCCUUACAAGGCUCCAAUGUUCAACAUGCUUCCCAUAUACCAGCUGAUCUGGACCAACCUAAAGCCAUGGAACCUUCUGUUUUGACAAACAAGCUGGAUAAUGCACCACCUUCUGUUGAAUUGACCAAAAAUCAAGGUUUAACAUUUGGCCCUGGGCAUUUACCCACCGAAGACAAAAAAGUUGACUCUCUGCCACUCCCUCGUCCAUCCUCUUCUGAAGUUCAAUUCUCAUCUUCAGGUCCCAAACUAGGGAGCGAGCAAACAAUUCAAGAACAGCACACUGGAGAACACAAGUAUUUGGGGAGAUCCCGUGGGGCAGGGAAGGCAGGUCUUUCUGAUCCCCAUUACUCAAGGCCUACAUCAGCUCAUAGUAACAGCACAGGCAGUCGGCCUUCUUCCAAUUACAGUAAUCGAUCGCAGCAGACAGUUGGGCAUCAUAGAGCUGGCUCUGUUAAGGAAUGGAAACCAAAGUCAGUGAACCUUAAUCCUGUCCAGGGAUCUGGGGCAUCAUCUGCAUCAGAAGUUCCUGCAGUUUCAGCCGAGCCCAGUGAGAAAACAUCUGUUCAGGUUCUUCCUUCGACAGAGGCAACAUCAAAAUUGCAGAAGCAGCUUGAGGACUUGCACAUUCGACAAAAUCAGCAUGUUAUCAUUCCAAAUCAUAUUCUCGUUCCAGAGGCUGAAAGAACAAAGCUAAGCUUUGGAAGCUUUGAUGCUGGCUUUUCUUUAACAUCAAACAAUGUAGCUGGUCCAGAGAAUGAAAAGAGUUCUACACCUCUAUCUGAGAAUUCUCAUGAUGAUGAAGGAAGUCUUGAAGAUGAUGCAUUCAGUAACCAGAAUACAUCAGUGGUCGAAAAGGAAGGGGAUAGUUAUGAUAACUCCGAAGCACCUUCACAAGUUCAAGAUGAUUUGGCUGGCAAUGGUGUCAUCUCAGCAAGUAGUAUUGCAGAGUACAAUGACCCCAAACAAGAGAGUACUUUGGAGUCUGAAAACCAUCAGAGCUCCUCAGUUAAUGCCCAAAAUCAUGGUAUUGGACUUCUUCCUCCAGCACUUGGGAGCCAGCUUCCACAGUUUGAGAACACUGACCCUCAAGCGCGUGAUGCUCUCCGCAUUCCAAGCUUUGUGUUCCAACCACCAUUUGAUCCAGCAAGUUACUACGCUCAGUUCUACCGCCCUACCUCUGACAGCGAUGGACGUCUUUCUCCCUUUUUUACCCCAGGGGUUGCCACCAAAUUCAAUGGUGGUGUCACAGUAUUGCCUCCACAGUCAACUCAGUCUCUGCAAGAGGCUUUCGUUUUGCAGGGUGGAAGCACCUUAGUAUUGCCCACUGCUAGUCCAACUCCGCUGGUAACUCAAGCAGCCGGGUUGAUGCAGAGCUCUAUACCUGUCACGCAGCAACCUCUCCCUGUUUUCCGUCCUCCUGGCAUGCAUGUGGCACCCUAUCCACUGAACUACAUGCCAUAUUACUACUCCCCUUUCUAUGUUCCGCCACCGGCAGUCCACCAGUUCUUAAGCAAUGGUGCGUUCCAGCAGCAGCCUCAAGCAAGUGGUGUGUAUCCUGCUCCUCCCCCUGGAGCUUCAACGGGAAGCAAGUACUCACUUCCACAGUACAAGACCGGGACUAACACAGGAAGCUUGACCCAUGUCGGUAUGCCAAGUGGUUAUGGACCAUAUGGCUCUUUCCCAGCUGGAUAUACUCCUAAUUCCGCUGCAUCAUCUGGGAACUCAACUGCUAAUGAGGAUCUUAACUCAUCGCAGUUGAAGGAUACCAAUGGCUACACCACAGGACAGCAGAGUGAAGCUUUGCCUGUAUGGGUCACAGGUGGUCGUGAUGUAUCCAACUUGCCCGUAAAUUCUUUCUACAAUCUACAGCACCAGGACCAACACGUGACUUACGCUCCAACACAAGCGGGUCAUAUCACGUUUCCCGGUAUGUAUCACCCCACACAGGCCGUAACAGCAGCAACCGUUCAUCAUCCGCUCUUACAGCAGUCUCAGGCCGUGGCUAGACCCGAUAUGGUGGCACCAGGGCUGAAUGUUUUCCAACAGCCUCAGCAGACACAAAUGAACUGGCCAAGUAAUUACUGAACAGAGAGGGUAUCAAGGACAUGUUUUGGGGAGCUCCAAGGUGGGAGUAGGAUAAAGUUAUGCGGAUGUGGGUGUCGUGUUUGUGUGUUCCGUUUUAUCAAGACUUUAGAAGAAUAGUUCCCCCCUCGGGAUGAAGAAGGUAUCGGAUGAGAAGGGCUUGACAACAACAAGGAUCAUUAAAAAAAACAAAAGGUUAGGGAAGUUACCUUCUUUCCUAUCGAAUUAUCGGUGUUUCUUAUAUCGUUUUUACCAAAUUUUUUGUUUCGUAGUUUCAAGGGUUCUUAGUUCUCUUUUAAAGCCAAGAACUUUGUGGAUGAGUCGGGUUAUCGGUCUCUUUUCCGCUAUUCUUUAUCUCCAGGGGCAGUUGGUUUGGUUUUUUUGAAUAGGCUCCAGAAGGUAAGUUUAUAUAUGUUGUUGUUAGGUUGGAGAAAGAAAUUUCUGAUUCGCCCUUGGGGGUUGCUCUAUUUUUGCAGUGUGUUUCUUUUUAUUUCUUACAUGUAGAGUGAGUUUUUUUUAUAGCAAGCACAGGAAAGAGGUAGACUGUUGUAAUUGGUGCUUCUUCUUUUUUUUUUUUGGGCUUAUUCUCAAGAAAAUGUUAUAAAUUGUUUCAGUAUAUUCACUGACCCCUUUUUAUUUUGUUA